GAGAUGAUGAGUGUAAGUGCUUCAGUUGCAGAGUACGACAAUGAACUCAUGGUAGCUCAAGUUUCAGACUUGGUUUCCACGAGAAGAAGAAGAACCAUGUUCGGAGAUGUUAAAGUGUAGAAAACGACAUAUUUGUUAAGCUUUGAGAGAAAUCCAAACAUGGCGGCAUUAACAGGAGCGCCGUGGAUGAGGAUUAGGGUUUUUCCGGAGGUUGCACCUCCAUUUCUACGCCAUUCUUCAUUGUACUUCACGAACCGGAGAGUUUCAAAUUUCUGCAGGAUAAGGAAUUUUUCAGUCUCGGCAUCUUCGAUUCCCGAUAAUGGAAAUAUUGCUGCUGAAGGGGUUGUACGCGUUCGUUUUGCUCCUUCACCUACUGGAAAUCUACAUGUUGGUGGUGCAAGAACUGCUCUUUUCAAUUACCUUUUCGCCAGGUCCAAAGGAGGGAAAUUUGUUCUAAGAAUUGAAGACACUGACUUAGAAAGAUCUACUAAAGAGUCUGAGGAAGCUGUGCUACGAGACCUUUCUUGGCUUGGUCUUGAUUGGGAUGAAGGACCUGGUAUUGGUGGAGAUUAUGGUCCAUAUAGGCAAUCAGAAAGAAAUUUGUUGUACAAGCAAUAUGCAGAGAAGUUAAUGGAAACUGGUGAUGUUUAUCGCUGCUUUUGUUCAAGUGAGGAACUAGAAAAAAUGAAGGAGAUUGCAAAACUAAAGAACUUACCUCCAGUAUACUCUGGAAAAUGGGCCAAUGCAACAGAUGAAGAAGUAGAAGAGGAGCUGGCAAAGGGAACCCCAUAUACCUAUAGAUUUCGUGUACCAAAGGAAGGGUUUUUAAAAAUCAAUGACCUUAUCCGAGGCGAGGUCAGUUGGAAUUUGAACACACUUGGAGAUUUUGUCAUAAUGAGGAGCAAUGGACAACCCGUGUACAAUUUUUGUGUCACAGUAGAUGAUGCUACCAUGGCCAUAUCACACGUUAUCAGAGCAGAAGAGCACUUACCAAAUACUUUAAGGCAGGCCUUGAUAUAUAAGUCUCUAGGAUUUCCAAUGCCAAACUUCGCUCAUGUUUCCCUUAUCCUUGCCCCUGAUCGGAGUAAACUGUCAAAACGACACGGUGCAACUUCAGUUGGCCAGUUCAGGGAGAUGGGGUAUCUUCCCCAAGGAAUGGUUAACUACCUUGCACUAUUAGGUUGGGGUGAUGGAACUGAAAAUGAAUUUUUCACCCUUGAGCAACUUGUUGAAAGUUUCUCAAUUGAUCGAGUUAACAAGAGUGGUGCAAUUUUUGAUUCCACCAAAUUAAGGUGGAUGAAUGGUCAACAUUUAAGAGCUCUUCCCUCUGAUGAGUUGACAAAGCUUGUUGGUGGCCGGUGGAAAAGCACCGGUAUGCUGACAGAAUCAGAAGGGGCAUUUAUAGAAGAAGCAGUUGAAUUGCUAAAGGACGGGAUUGACGUGAUACCAGAUUCAGACAAACAACUGUCAAACUUGCUAUCUUAUCCUUUACAUGACACUUUAACCAGUGCUGAAGCCAAACCUGUCUUGGACGACAAUCUGUCUGAUUUUUCAGCCAGCCUUAUUGCCGCUUAUGACAGUGGUGAACUCCUUACUGCUCUUGAAGGUGGUCAUGCUGGCUGGAAAAAUUGGGUAAAGAGCUUCGGCAAAACACUGAAGCGCAAGGGGAAGUCUCUGUUCAUGCCACUUCGAGUUUUGCUGACAGGAAAACUCCACGGCCCAGAUAUGGGUGCAAGCGUAGUUUUACUUCAUCAAGCGGGAAUCUGUGGAGUUGUUGCUCCUCAAGCCGAGUUUGUACCUUUGAAUGAAAGGUUCAAUAUGCUGAGGAAACUUGACUGGGAAGCAUUAACCAAAAAUCUGCCACUCGUGGAGGCUACCGCCACAACAUCCAACUGAGAAUUUACAGUUUUGAUCGGCUCUGCAGCUAGGAAUUUUUUCUCCCUCUCAGCUUAAUAGUCUUUCUUUGUGCUAUAAUAAUUUGGUGUUGGGUUUGGUAGUUUCCUUCUAAGCUCACUAAUUAUUACAAUGCUAAGGUACACUUAAGGUUCAAGGGUCAUUGUCCACCAUUCUAUACUUAUCUAUUAUUGACAUUUGAACUAAUGUAUGCAUUUUUUUUGGAUUGUAUUUGUACCCCUUCCCUAACUUGUGAUGCACCCAUGAUGUGUAAAUGAAAAGUCGUUUGUUUUAAUAA